AUGGAGCUAACAAAAAUGAAUCGAACUUUGUUACGUCCUCGCUCAACAAAGAAACGUGGUAAUGCGAUUUCCAUUUCUUCUCAAUUAAAUACCGAUGUACAAAUGAUUACAUCUGGGCCCGAAGCAGUAGUAUGCGUUAACGAGGAAACUGCACAAGAAGAAAGUUUUUUGUCCAACGGGCUUCUAGUUACAUCAACAAGUGAGCAAGGAAAUGCUACUGAAACUUCACCAGUCGAUUCAACUGAAACAGUCAAAUCAAGUACACAUUCUCAUCAUGUAAAACGACUACGAACUGAUGACUUUGUCUCACAUCAUGAUAAAUCGUUCGUUGUAUCUCUUCCUUCUAUCGCAUUUGAAAAACGACUCGACUUUGAUUCAAGUUAUUAUGAAAAUAAAUAUCAGCCCGGCCCGGUACCUCUAACUGGUGAAAUUGUUCCCAAAAAAAUUUCGUUAUCAGCUGCGAAUCUUUCGGCGGACAAUGAUAUUGGAAUGUCUGGAUUUAAAAUGUUUGAUACGGCAUUCGAUUACAAAUGGGGUCUUAGAAAUUGCUCACCUGAAACCUCAAGUUCAUCUUCAUUUAAUAUACAACCACGCGAAAACUUCGAUGUUUUAAUGUCAAGUGAAAGAGUAAAAGAGUCUAGCAGCAACGCCAACAACGAUGACUUUGAAAGAAGUGUAAGAGAAAAAAGUAUUUGCAAAUCAGCCUUCGACUUUGUGCGUUUGAUGGAGUUAAAACGUCUUGGUUUGGAGAUCCCGCCAGAGGAUUUGACAAAACAUGCUCAAUUUUUAGAAGAGAUGAUGAAUGUAUUAAAUAAUUCUGACAUUGAUGACGAUACCGCUGCACAAACUUCACUUAUUCUCGAAAAGUCUCUCGUGGUAAAUCAAAAAGCUCCUACUGUCGAGCCGGUUUUUGUUGAAGAUUCCAAUUUUGCCUUUGAGUUAAACGAUAAAGCGCCUUCGGUGUGUGAUUCGUGCUCUACUAUCAAGGAAUGCGAUGAAGCACUCCCUGCGGGCGAUUUUAUUGGCGCUGAUAAAGAUAUUGAUGUCAUGGUUUCAACUACUAUUUCUCCAUUACCAGCAGAAGACAACAUAAAUGAUGCUUCUUGUGACAGACCUGUAUUGAAGAGAAGAAUAAGACGGUCGGAUCCUUGGACAAACAUUAGCGAAAUACCAAGAAGCGAACAAAUAGAUAUGUCUUUUAAAGACAGAUUAAAUCCUAUCGCAGCAGUAGAAUACGACGAGAUGGAAGUCGUAGAGCUUGACAUGUAUGACGACUUGCCGAAUCAAUUGAGGUCUAAUGUGCCUAAAAAAUUUACUCGUCAUUGGUCCACUCAAGAUACUGAAAAAUUAUAUAAUUGCAUUGCACUUUUGGGGUUGGAUUUUGGUAGAAUUGCGACAGUGAUGCAAAGAACACAGAAACAGAUCACGAAUAAAUAUAAGUCUGAACAAAAGAUUAAUAGUCAACGUCUCCAUAAUGCGUUGACACGAAAAGGAGAAUUUUUAGAAUUUAGAAAGAAGUAUAAAUUUUGA